AUGGAUGAAGACGAACGAAACCUCCCCUGGGAGGAGCUCAAUGUGUUCCGCGAAGAGCGAGAGAAGCUCAGAGAGAAGUUAGAUGACGUCACUCGACGAUUCCGAGAGAGCUUUGCGCCUCUGAACAAACUCGUACAGAGUGUCAAAGACAACUUGAAAGCGAACGAGGAGGGUGACAAAGAACAUAGGAAAUGGGCGAAAUCUUGUCGGGAGUAUACAGAAGCGCGUCAGCGUCAACGUAUUGUGAACCCAAUAUAUGAUAAGGACGAUACCGUGGCGAAGCAGUUGUUCGCCGAUGUGACUGACUACUUGGAACAUAUCCAGCGGGAGCGGAAUGAAAGAGCGCCGUCAAUGCCUGUUGGACACGUCUUGUUCAGACCUAGAGAUGAGUUGCCGCUGCCGCGAGUUUCUAGUCCGACUAGGGCAGCACGGCCUGACACUUCUCAACAUGAUGACAAUCACUUGGUAACAAGCCCAAGUCAGUCUGUUCAGCCAUUUCCGCCAAGCGCUCUUUCGUAUGCACCGCAGUCGACUAUGACAUCGUCUCCUUCUCCAUUCGAUGGACGUCACUCCUCUAUAUUCGGGGAUGCCUUGGACUUCAAUCGUCCGCUCCAGUUAUCUGGACGUUCCAACCUCGAUACCACCUCCAACAUCUCGGGGUCGCCAGUCUUCUAUUCAGGCCAAAUGAGGCCAUAUAAGGGCUAUGAAAAGAGCGCGACAGCUUGCGAGGAAACAUUCAAUGAGAGCGAUAGCUCGAGACAAUUAGGAUCCCAAGGGGGAUUUUUUCAACCUGGGCAGAUCCGGACAGGUCGCCCGACUCCUUUGCUACAGGCGUGUAGUAGUCAUACAGAAAGCGAGGGUACCAUCUCGCCAGACCAAUCACCUUCCAUGGGGACAUCUUCACACAUGGUGCCACCAGGGGUAACACCAGAAUCAAUAGGCACAAGUCAGAUGACCUCCAAGGGGGCCCGUUACAUAUCGAAUGCUUCGGUGCCCAUAGAGGACAGAGGGCAAGAGCCUAGAUGGAGGAAACAAUCCGAGGUGGACGAGCAUCUUGCGUCGGCCCUCCUUUUACGAUUCUACAACUUCUUCUCGCAUGACGCCGUUGAGGUGGAACAAUGGGAAAGCUAUCCUGCAGAAGAGCACUCAUGUAUUUUGACCUACGUAGUAGGUGGAGGAAAAGACAAAUCCGAGUGGAGGAAGGCGAUGAGGGUUUGUGACCAAUGCGCCAAGGCGAACCGACCUUGUGUCAAGAUUGUCGAGAUUGACGGAGUUGAAACGCUGUGUUUUCACGCGUUGUCAAAGAACGAUAGGGGUGAUGCUGCAGACUGGCGGCAGGUGGACAUGUAUAUUAGAAGAUGA